GAUCAUGAAUUUGGGUACACAUGUCGGUCUCAACUCAACCCUCCCUCACUCUGUUCGUACAACCACACCAACCAACCAACCAAACAACCAACCAGAUACUGAAGAAGAAAGGGAAAAAAAAAAGAAAAUGAAAAAAGAAAAGCUAUUUAUGAUGGUUUUAUUAUUAUUAUGGUCUGAAUUCGAAGAUGAGCGAGUGAGUGGUGUGUAGUUUUUUGGGUAAAAUCUUCCAUUCUUUGAUCUUUUUUAGUCCUAGUUAUCAUAUAUGAUUGCAUUUGCAUUUUGUUUGGAUAUUGGUUUUCGGUGAGAAGAGUGUCGGUGUGCGGUGGUGGUGGAGGAAUGGGGACGACUGGGGGAGGCUGUGAGGAGAAGAUAUUUGUGUCGGUGAGGUUGAGGCCUUUGAAUGAGAAGGAGAUUGCGAGGAACGAUGUGUGUGAUUGGGAAUGCAUCAAUGAAGAUACCAUCAUUUUCAAAAACUGUAAUCUUCCACUUCCAGAUCGCUCCAUGUAUCCAACUGCCUACACUUUUGACAGAGUAUUUAGGAGUGACUGCUCCACAAAGGAGGUCUAUGAGAAAGGAGCCAAGGGCGUUGCUCUUUCAGUUGUCAGUGGUAUUAACUCUACUGUUUUUGCAUACGGACAAACAAGCAGUGGGAAGACAUUCACGAUGACGGGAAUUACUGAGUAUGCCAUCGCAGAUAUUUAUGAUUAUAUAGAGAAGCACAAUGAAAGAGAAUUUCUUUUGAAGUUCUCUGCUAUGGAGAUUUACAAUGAAUCUGUCAGGGACCUCCUCAGCACAGAUAGUACUCCACUUAGACUUCUAGAUGAUCCCGAGAGAGGGACAGUUAUUGAGAAACUCACAGAGGAACCUCUCAGGGACUGGAAUCAUGUAAUGGAACUCCUCUCCAUCUGCGAAGCUCAAAGACAAAUAGGGGAAACUGCCCUGAAUGAAACAAGCUCCAGAUCUCAUCAAAUAAUCAGAUUGACAAUUGAAAGUUCUGCUAAGCAAUUUUUAGGCAAGGACAACUUAAGCACCCUUACAGCUGCUGUGAAUUUUGUUGAUCUUGCGGGAAGCGAGCGUGCAUCUCAGUCAUUAUCAGGUGGCACCAGGCUAAAGGAGGGUUGCCACAUAAAUCGUAGUUUACUGACACUGGGAACUGUUAUUCGCAAGCUAAGCAAGGGAAGAAAUGGGCAUGUUCCUUUCAGAGAUUCUAAGCUAACUCGCAUAUUGCAAUCCUCGUUGGGAGACAAUGCUAGAACUGCCAUCAUCUGUACCAUGAGCCCUGCGAGAAGUCAUGUUGAGCAAUCAAGAAAUACGCUAUUGUUUGCAAGUUGUGCCAAAGAAGUAACAACUAACGCUCAAGUUAAUGUAGUCAUAUCGGAUAAAGCAUUAGUAAAGCGUCUGCAGAGAGAAUUAGCUAGGUUGGAGAGUGAACUGAGAAGUCAAGGGCCCACCUUUGUUGCAUCACAUUAUUCGGCAUUACUGAGAGAGAAAGGCCUUCAGAUUGAAAAGCUGGAGAAGGAGAUGAUCGAUCUUACUGUUCAACGAGACUUGGCUCAAUCCCAGGUUCAGGAUUUGCUACAACUGGUUGGGGAUGAGGGACAUUCAAUGACACGGGUAGGUUUUAAUAACUACCCACGCUUGCAAGUUCGGAAGUCACCGGAAUGUGAAAAUCCAGUACCAGAGACAUCCCCUUUGGCAAGUCCUCACUCCUUGAACAUUGGUGUUAAAGCAGUCAACAGAUCCCUUUAUUCUUAUGGACAUAGUGGGAGAAGCUCUGAUGAUCACUACAUACAAAUUCUUCCUGAAUUUGAAGAGAACUUUGUGCCGAAUGAUACUUCUCCACAGCUGUUGGUCGGUGCUUCUAUGUUUAUCCGAAGCAAUUCUGGACGGAGUUGGGACAUGAUUGAAGAAAAAACCAAUGGAACUUCAGAGGAUUUAUGCAAGGAAGUUCGAUGCAUAGAGGCAGAAGAAUCAAAUAGAUCAUCAUCUCCUGAACAGAACACUGAAAUCUCUGAAUCGAUGGUGGCUGGGAAUGGAGACACAACAGAUCAGGAGUUUGUGUCACCGCCACUAAAGGAAGAUAGUAUGUUAAGUUACAUUCCCCAUUUCGUUGCUCAUUCUCACGAAAAACCAUCUACAUGGCCGUUAACAGAGUACAUGUCUGGCUCUCAAAGCUUGAAAUUAACUAAAAGUAGAAGCUGUAAAGCAAGCCUGAUGACUAGCCCAUAUUCACCAUGGUUUGAGAAGGAGGAAACUAAUGAUAAUGAGCACACACCACCAACUGGGUUCGAGAAAGAAUUCACUGGAAGACCUGAGGAUAUCCGAAGAAGGCUUUAUGAAUUGAACUAUGGUGCCAACAUUGAAAGGCUAUCAAGAAAAGGUUCUCAAUCUUCUAUUGGGAGUGUUGCUGCUAUUGAUCUUGAAGCACACAGAGGCAGAACUUCAACUGAUGAUAACAUUACUAGUGUUAAUACAUGCAUUGUACGAAUGGAGGAAAAGGCUGAGCUUCAGCAAGAGGAGCAAGUUGCUGAUAAUCCUGUGCAUGAGUCUGAACCAAAGGCCAAGAAAUCCUUAAAGAAUGUAAAAGAUGUUGGCUUGGAUCCAAUAGAAGAUGAUUCGAAGAGUCUUUCGAAUUGGCCCUCAGAAUUCAACAGGCUCCAAAAGGAAAUUAUUGAACUUUGGGAUGUUUGCAAUGUGUCAUUGGCCCACAGAACCUACUUCUUCCUGCUAUUUAAAGGUGACCCAACAGACUCCAUUUAUAUGGAAGUGGAGCUCAGGAGGCUAUCCUUCCUCAAGGAUACGUUUUCUCGAGGUAGCAAGACUAUUGAAGAGGGUCAGACUCUCUUGCCUGCUUCGAGCAUGAAGGCUCUUUGUCGCGAGAGGGAGAUGCUGAGGAGACAAAUGAAGAAGAGGUUCUCAGAGCAAGAUAGAGAGAGCCUCUACCUCAAAUGGGGUAUCAAAAUCAAUUCAAAGAACAGGAGGUCACAGCUGACCUCCCGGUUGUGGACCAACACAGAAGACAUGCACCACGUUGCAGAUAGCGCCUUCAUUGUCUCAAAGCUGGCUGGAAACAUCGAGCCAGGGCGGGUUCCCAAAGAGAUGUUUGGGCUUAAUUUUGCACCCCAAACCCCAAGCAGAAGAUCCUACAGUUUGAAACAGAGCAUACUGUCUCUGUUGUAAGGGUCAUGUGGAUCGCCAAGAGGAAAUGUUCGUUGGAUAUGCGGUAACUAUUGGCUACCUCUUUCAUAGAACAUUUUGAUUUUUAUUGAUUUCCACUUCGAUUUUUUUUUUUUUUUAAAUUCUUUUUCGUAAUUCGUGGAUGAGAGAGGCUUGGAAAAUUUGCUGAGGCUUGAAAAUGGUGUGUAUGUAAAUCUGGUUUAUAUAGGAGGCCUUGAAAAAAAAUUAAUGAUCAGGUUUGAAGUAUGUGUCUUAAAAUGUAUCAGAGAGACCUAUUUCGAUUAUAUAAAGUACUGGCGUAUUAUCCGUACUUGUUUAUAAUUAUUUAUA